UGAUGUUCAGAAAAUGAGCCAAGGCCAUUGAGUGUGAGUUUGAAAAAAUAAUUGAUCAUAUCAUUUUUCUUUAGCUAAAUAAUGAAAACGGAUCCCACAGACCCGAACACCGUACAAGGGUUAAGUUUAGAUUGAACACUGGUCAGAUGAUCAAACGGAGGAAACAAAUGGGUUAAAACAUGUUUGAGUCAGAACUUGGAAGUCUUUCAGAUUCUAAAGUUCAUCUUUCCAAUAUAUCUGCUGGUCAUAAAAACAGAUGACUGCAUUUAUAACUGUCAAUGAUUAACUAGUAAAAGAGAUUAGAAGGAUUGAAAGUGAAUUCUGACAUUGUUGAAGAGAGCCUCGACACCAGUACACUGCGGGAGAUCUCCAGCAACGCACAGUUAGAGGACCGUAAGAGGCAAACCGAGGGGAAGUAAAGGUGAGCUGCUUCUUGAGGUUUCCUGAGCUGCCAUGUGUGUUCAGAGACUUUCAGAGAUCCUGUGUCUCUGAGCUGCAAACACAGCUUCUGUUCGAGCUGCCUGCAGACAUUCUGGGAACAAAAUAGGCCUACCUGGACAAAGUCAUCGUCCUGAACUGAAUCCAAAGUACAUUUCCCUCUGAAAGACAUCCUGACUCCAUCUGCUGGUGAAUAAAUGACAUAGCAGCAUUUCCUGAUGUUGAUCAUUCACCCUGUGACGGAGGGCAGAGAAAACGAAAGAGGAUUUUGACAUUGUUGAAGAGCUGAGACGCCAUUACAGGGUGUGAGAUCUCUGCUGCGAGACACGUUUGGAGUAUAUUUGGGGAGAAGUGGAGAGACAUUGUGAGUUGGUGAGUCCUAUUGAAAAUAACUUUAAUAUCAAAUGGCUGAGAAAACCGUUCUUGUUGAGAGUUUCCUGAGCUGCCAUGUGUGCUCAGAGACUUUCAGAGAUCCCGUGUCUCUGGGCUGCAACCACAGCUUCUGUUCGAGCUGCCUGCAGAAAUUCUGGGAACAAAGUAAGAACAAAAACUGUCCCAUUUGUAAAAGAAAAUCUUCUAAAGAUUAUCCCAUAGUGAACUUUACACUGAAGGAGCUGGCUGACUCCUUUGCUGAGAGACAGAAAGCUGGAUCAUCUGAGACAGAGACAAGAGAGAAGAAGGUGGAGGUGGUGUGUAGUAAACAUCCAGAAGAGCCUAGAUUGUUCUGUAAGGAUGAAGAGAGAGCUGUGUGUCCUGUCUGUGAGUUCUCUCUCCACCGGAGUCACGAGGUGGUUCCUGUAGAACAAGCAGUCAGUGAGCUGAAGGACCUGCUGAAAUCUGACUUAGAGUCUCUGCAGGACAAGAGGGACACAUACAAAGGAGUGGAGGAAACAUACAAGGAAGUGAUUCAAGUGUCCGAGAAGCAGCUGCUGUCCACAGAGAGGCAGAUCAGAGCAGAGUUCAUCAAGCUCCACCAGUUCCUGAAAGAGGAAGAGGAGUCCAGACUGGCAGCUCUGAGGGAGGAAGAGGAGCUGAAGGGGAAGACUAUCAGCAGAGAGAUGAAGAGCAUUCAGGAGCACAUCUCCUCUCUGUCACACAGUAUCUCUGCUGUUGAAGAAGAGCUGCAGAAACACAACGGGCCCUUCCUCAGCAGUUAUAAAGCCACUCAGAGCAGAGCCAGAGUCCAGAGCGCACUGUCAGACCCACAGCUGCUCUCAGGAGCGCUGACAGAUGUGGCCAAACACCUGGGCAACCUGUCCUUCAGAGUCUGGGAGAAGAUGAAGGACCAGGUCCACUUCAGUCCUGUCCUUCUGGACCCAAACACUGCAAGCAGCUGGCUCUCUCUGUCUGAUGAUCUGACCAGUGUGAGACAUGGAGACACAUCUCAGCAGCUUCCUGAUAAUCCAGAGAGAUUCACUAACGGUGCUGAUGUUCUGGGCUCUGAGGGCUUCAGCUCAGGGAGACACAGCUGGGAGGUGGAGGUGGGAGAUCAUCCUGACUGGAUUAUAGGUUUGACUAAAGAGUCAGUUGACAGGAAGGGAGAGUUGACGGCCUCACCAGAAUAUGGAAUCUGGUGUUUAGCACAUCUCAGUGGAAAAUACAGUAAUGGUGGUGAGACUGUCAGAGUGGAGAAGAAUCUCCAGAGGAUCAGAGUCCAGCUGGACUAUGACAGGGGGGAGGUGUGCUUCUAUGACCCUGAACACAUGACUCCCAUCUGCACUCACAGAGACACUUUCACUGAGAAACUCUUCCCAUAUUUCAGUAUUGGAGAAGCUGGUGAUGCUAAAACUGCUGAUAUCAAAAUCUGUCAAAGUGAGAUUCCUCUGUGAUGCUCAGGAGUGUUAGUUCAGACUUUAUUCUGACUUCGUCUGUCCAGAUCCUUUUGAUAUAAUCAAGGUAAAAAACAACAGAUGAUAAUCAGAAUUUAAUUUGAGUCUGUAAGAUUUUAAAUGUUAAGAAGAUUUGAUCAUGUUUUAUUUACAGAGUUUUACACGUUUUACUCAAAGUCUCAGUGCAACAAAACUAAUAUGUUUAUUUUUAUAGUUUAUCAUUUUGUUAUACUUAAUUAUAAUGUGUUUAUAGCUUUUAAAGGUGGGGUAGGUAAUUCACUUCAGAAGCACUUUUUGUUAUAUUCCAUCCCGAUAGCAAUGAAUAUAUUAAAUGCUUUGACAAUAAAUGCAUCAGUGGAAGCCGUUGCGCUGUAAAAAGCACGACCAAUCAUCUGAGCCGGCUAAAGUAACUGGAUGGCCUACCUGCCUGUCAGCCUUCCAUCUGGGCACAAACUGAUCUCGUGCCCUCAUUGGUCAUGUGCGCGGUCGUGUGUGUUGGAGGAGGGGCUCUGUAAGGAAGUCUGAAGGAAGGGGCAUAUUUUGUCCGGUUGUGUACUUUCAAAUUCUAGCUCACUCAAGCUGGUUUCUCCAUUCUUACCUUAAGUGAUAUUCAAAUGAUCCUUUAAAUGAUGUCAUGAGAUUGUUUGAUUAUGUUUUUUGUGAAUUCUUGGCUUUUAAGAAAUGCAUUCAUUUUGUAUGUUGUGCUGAAACUGCAUGAAAUCAACAAAACUAACAAAUGAAAGCUGUCAAUUCUCCUUUUAUCAACAUCUAGUUAAUAAUGAGACGCUAUAUAGCACUAUGGGUCAUGAGUUUAACUUUUUGAUAUUUGUAGGUCUUUUGAUGAAUUAUGUGUAGAUAUGGAUAUAUUGUUUUACUCUCCACGGGCAAGUCAUUUAAUACUUCUAUUUUAUUCUUUCAUUGUUGCAAUGUUUCCUUGGGACGCUUUCCGUACUGUAUGUAUGGACAAUAACAUUUAUUGUGAUUGAAAAUGUCAAUUGUUUUUUCAACCUGAAAGGAAUCACAGCUGUAGAAUGAAGUUGAGUAUUUGUAAUGCUGCUUCAGAUAUCUUAUGAUUAAAUAACCAGCAGUUUGAUGCAGAAAUGCGUCUCUGAACUUGAUAUUGGUUUCUUCAGGUGAUUCUGUCAUAUGUGACAAAUUACAAAUAUAAAUGACAAUUGUACAAUAAAAUAUAAUCUAAAUAAA